GUGGGUUUAUAGGCAGAAUACAGUAAAUGCAAAGCAUUUUUUUAACUUAUGAAUCAAGACUUUAUAGACAACUAAGCAUUUGUGAAUUCAAAGGAAUCAGUGCAGCUUCCACAAUGCCUGCCACGCAUUGGAUGCACUUGCUGCUGCUGUGCGGUUGUUUUUGGCCUGCUGCGAGCAAACCUGAGUGGAUGUUACCCCAGUUCCCUUGUGACGUUAUAGUCCACAAUGAUACAAAUGUCGUAUUUGACUGCAUGGGGCGAAGAUUGGAAAAGGUACCACAUGGUAUAACCAGUAAUGCAACAGUGCUGAUAUUGUCAGAAAACCAUAUCAAGCAUAUUAAAUCUAAUUCCUUUUCUGGCCUCAUGAAUCUCACUGAAAUCAACUUGAGCUGGGCAAACAAGCAUAAACCUGUCAAGAUUGAUGAGAAUACGUUCAAAAAUUUGACCAACCUACGUGAGCUGAAGCUAAGCGGCAACCACCUGACCGCACUGCCUGUCCCAUUACCACUUAGUUUGGACAUCAUAGAGUUCACUGAAAACAAGAUUGUGUCAUUGAAUAAAAACAGCCUAACCACACUGCAAAAUGUGAAAAUACUAUUGCUGUCCAAAAACUGCUACUACUGGAACCCCUGUGGGGAAAACAUGAAGAUUGCAAAAGGCAGUUUUGCGGCAAUGACCAAACUGCAGAAAUUGGACUUGUCCUUCAACAACCUAACCGAGGUUCCCAAAGACCUGCCUUUAUCGCUGCACGUGCUAAAACUAGAAGACAAUCAUAUCCAGUACAUAUCUGAAAAGGAUUUUCGUGGCAUGCAUCAAAUAAAAGUCCUCCAUUUUCAAGGGAACUGUCCAAGGUGUAGUAACGCUCCCUAUCCCUGUGUUCCUUGUAAAAAUACGUCUCUUGCCAUUCAUCCCAACGCCUUUGAAAGUCUCACACAGCUGCAAUCUCUCAGUAUGGGAGGAAACUCACUAACCAACAUUAACCCAUCCUGGUUUAGGACCUUAUCACAACUUAAAGAAUUGUAUAUCUCAUUUAACUUAUUACAGCCAGAAAUCACCGGGGAGGCUAAAUUUCUUGCGUUCCUUCCCCAGCUUGAAAAAAUUGAUCUGUCCUUCAACUUUUUAAUGAGGACCUAUCCCCGAACAUUAAAACUCUCCCAGAGUUUUUCCCUUCUACAGUCACUCCGAACUUUACAUUUGGAGGGUUUAGUCUUCCAGGAAAUUGGUAACCACUCGCUUGAACCUCUGUAUGAACUGAAAAACCUUUCUGCACUGAACUUGGGGACUAAUUUCAUCAUUUACUUAGAUUCCAAAAUAUUUAGCAAUUUCCAACACCUGAAGAUGAUAUACCUUGCAGAAAAUCGUCUCUUUCCAACUAAUGUGAGGCAUUUGCCACAUUCCAAUGAGGGAUACGAAUCUGUUUCAACUUUCAAAAACCACCAUCCUCAGUACUUUGAGAUAACACACAGCUUUGUCAAACAAGAGUGCUAUGAUUCUGGCCGUGUGCUGAGCCUCAGCUCAAACAAUCUGUUCUUCAUCUCCCCAGAGCAGUUUGAAGGCUACAUCAACAUCACGUGUCUCAACCUCUCAGGGAAUGGAUUCUCACAAGCACUCAAUGGCACAGAGUUCUCCUCGAUCCCGACACUCACAUAUCUGGACUUGUCCUAUAACAAGAUCGAUCUGGCCUACGACAAUGCCUUCAGCGAGCUACAAGACUUGCAAGUACUAGACAUCAGCUACAACUCGCACUAUUUUCGGUCCUACGGCGUAUCACACAAUCUACACUUUCUUCGAAAUCUGCCUGUCCUGAGAGUACUAAAUAUGAGUCAUAACUCUAUUUCAACAUUGACGACAAAACACAUGCACAGCAAAUCCCUGUCAGAACUACAAUUUCGAGGCAAUGUUCUAGGGAAUAUAUGGAAUGUAAAGGAUCCCUCAUACAUUAAACUUUUCAGUGAUCUAACAAAUUUGACCAUAUUAGAUAUAUCUGAUAAUCUUAUCACCAAACUUCCUGACAAUGUUUAUGAGUUUUUGCCACAAAACCUGACGACAUUACGGAUAAGUCACAAUAUACUCAAAGAUUUCAGAUGGGAUAAGCUUAACCAUUUCCUUCAACUUAAAUUUCUGGACCUUAGCUACAAUGAAAUAUCUGAUGUAACAGGGAUGAACUUCAAUGCUACCAACACGUUGCUUGACCUGGACCUGAGUCACAAUCACAUCAGCCAAUUGGACAAUGGCUUUUUGGAAGGAGCCAAAAGCCUCAUGAUGCUUUCCCUAAGCUACAACAAACUGACCAACAUUAAUCAAUCAACUUUCCAAACAAGUCCUGACACUCCAAUAAAAAAGUUGCUCCUGGGGCAUAACCCAUUUCAGUGUACCUGUGACAUGUUAGACUUUAUUGUAUGGAUUGAAACCAGUGGUAUACACAUCCCCCGAUUGACCACUGAUGUGACAUGUGAUGCACCAGAAAAUCAGAAAAAUCACAUACUAAUUUACUUUGAUAUCAACCAGUGUGUGAAUGGAAAUCAUGCCUUCUGGCUCUUCUUAGUAACAGGUUCAUUUAUUUGUAUUUUCAUGUUGACCACAAUAAGUGCUCAUUUAUUUUACUGGGAUGCUUCCUAUAUCAUACUUUAUGUGAAGGCCAAAUUGAAGGGCUACCACUCCCUGAAAUCGGACCACAGCUUUUAUGAUGUCUUUGUGACCUACGAUACCAAAGACCCACUCGUUUCGGAGUGGGUGAUGAGGAACCUUAGGGUGAAGCUGGAAGAGGAGGGUGAAAAGCAUCUUCCUCUAUGUCUGCAAGACAGAGACUGGCUUCCUGGCGUGCCCUUGGUGGACAAUCUUCUUCACAGCAUCCAACGGAGCCGAAAGACCAUGUUUGUAUUAACGGAGGGCUACAUCAAGACCGGCAUCUUCCGGAUGGCCAUGUACCUGGCCCAUCAACGGCUGUUGGACGAGAACGUGGACGUGAUCGUGCUACUGAUACUGGAGCCCGUGAUGCAGUACUCCUACUUCCUGCGGCUUCGUCGGAGAUUGUGCGGGCGCACUGUAAUGGAGUGGCCCAAAACGGCGGCCGCCGAGCCUUGGUUUUGGCAAAACCUCAGGAAUGUCAUUCGAGUGGACAAUCAGGUCAUGUACAACAAAACCUAUAUCAGGUACUUUACUCAUAAGCAGCUCAGGCAAGUUUCUGCUGGAAGCCAAUCCGGUGUGUGUCGCUAUGGCAGGAAGCUGGAUUGUUGCUAUGGCUGGAAGAGAAAUCGAAGAGGCCAGUGUGAGGCUCAGUGCGAGCCAGGUUGCAAACAUGGCGAAUGCGUUGGCCCCAACAAAUGCAAGUGUUUCCUGGGGUACACUGGAAAAACCUGCAAUCAGGACUUGAACGAAUGCGGUUUGAUCCCUCGUCCGUGUGAACAUCGCUGCAUGAACACCCAUGGCAGUUACAAGUGUUAUUGCCUCAAUGGAUACACUUUGAUGCCUGAUGGAUCUUGCGCCAAUUCCAGGACCUGCUCGCUUGCUCAUUGUCAGUACGGCUGUGAGGAAGUUCAGGGUGAGAUUCGUUGUCUCUGCCCCUCAGGGGGGCUGCAGCUCGCACCAGAUGAGAGGACUUGCGUAGAUAUUGAUGAAUGCGCAACUGGGAGCAACCUUUGUCCAUAUAACAGGCAAUGCGUAAACACAUUCGGCAGCUACUUCUGCAAGUGCCAGAAAGGAUACGAUCUGAAAUAUGUUGAUGGCAAAUAUGACUGUGUUGACCUAGAUGAGUGUGCAUCCAGUACUGACAAGUGCAGCGCUCAAGCUGUCUGUCUGAACACUCAAGGAUCAUACAAGUGCAAGUGCAAGUCAGGCUUCCGAGGCAAUGGCUUUGAAUGCUCCGCCAUCCCAGACUCCCAAGUAAGGCCCAAAAUUCUGGGUGGUAAAUUUGAAAUUGAGGACGUCAAAAAUAUUAUCCCAGAGCCAGUUGAGACCCCAUCUCCAAGGAUCCACCAGCAGCCUUUUGACUACAACAGAAAGGUCUACAUUGGCCAGCCAACUAUGGUGACCCCAGUAGACGAGCUUCCAGAGGAGGAAGAAGAGGAAGACAACCAGCUCAAUCCAAGAGGAGAUGUUUUCAUAUCAGAGGACUUUGAAUCUGUUUUUGGUCCGGUAAGAGAAGUCAAACAGUUUGAAACUGCAACACUUCAGGAAGAGUUUAUCAUGGAUUGCAACUUUGAUCAGGGUGCAUGUGAGUGGGUCCAAGACAAGGCUGAUGAUAUGGACUGGAGUGUAUCUUACCAUGGCAGAGGUGGUGAAUACUAUAUGUCCAUGAGUGGCCUGAUUGGGGAGCCAGAAGAUGUGGCCAAACUCAAGUUGCUGCUCAGUGACCGAACCCAACAGGGCAGCUUCUGCCUGACAUUUAACUACCGUGUGCUUGGCCAUAAUGUGGGCGCACUGAGGGUGCUGCUGGAUAACAACUCUUACCCUGUUUGGGAGCAGAGCCACAGCAGUAAUCAGGAAUGGCAGACGGAGCUCCUCACUGUGGCCUGGAAAGAGGAAGCACCACAAUCAAUCAUCUUUGAAGCUCAACGCGGUAGAGGCCUUGGAGGGGAGAUCGGGUUGGACAACGUUGUGCUGACCUCAGGACCUUGUCAAGAAGAUGACUCACCGAUCUUUUAAAAAUCAAUUGUUUGAAAGAAAUAUCAAAACCUUUUCAAAGUCAGUGAUCACAUUUUUAUCUAAAAUGUUCCUGCCUGAUUCAUAUAAAACUUGAAUAUUUCUUGAAUACUGAAAGGCCAACAGCUCUCUCAUUAUGUAUAAAAGUUUGAUUGGAAUGAAGACUGUUGUUGUGUAAUUUGAAACUCGGUGUGAUAUCAAAUUUGUUUUUAA